AUGUCUUCCAUCUAUGCCCCAGUACCUGGGACGACGCCACCCUCAGCAGCGGAGCCUACUGCACGGGAAAUUCACCGUAAGAUUAUGAAUCGUGGCUCGACACUCUAUACUGCCAACGCAGAGGCCCUCGCGCCGUCUGGUAACUGCUGGGCCAAUUGGGAGCAGUUCGGCUGCUCGGUGAAGAUCCGCGGUAAGGACGAGAACGGCAAGGACUGCACAAUUACUGGUGAUGAGAUGUGGGAGGCCUUUCAAGAUAUCUGCAAAGUUGGCGGGCGCAAAAAAUGUGGCAGCAAGCACUUUGGGAAUGGCUGCCUGGUCAGCGUAGAUUACUAUUAUGGAUGUGAUAAUAGGGAUUCUGGAGUAAACGCGAUAGACGUUUGA